UUGAAGGACAACGUGAGCUGUUCAAAAUGCCAAAACUUGACAUUAAGAUGCCAAAAAUAAAAGAACCUAAAACUGAUUUGAAAUUAUCAAAGAAAGAAGUAGAGACUCUAGAAACUGCAACUGAGGGCAAAGUCCCAGAAAUACCAAAAAGUGCUAUGGAAAAGGAACUAUCAGAGAUUGAUGGGAAGGGAACCAAGUUUAAAAUGCCAAAGUUUGGUAUCACCAUGCCAAAAGUAAAAGGACCUGAAGCUGAUUUGAGUUUAGCAAAGAAAGAUGCAGAUGUAAAAUUACCAGAAGCCAAAGCUGAAGUUCAAGUUCCUGAAGUUGAGCUAAAACACUCUUCUGCUGAAGUGGAAAUUAAAGGUCCUGAGAUCAAAGUUAGAGGAAAGGACACAGAUGGAUCACAAUCACGAUUUAAAUUGCCAACAUUCAAACUACCAAAAUUUGGAAGUGGAACAUCAAAUGUCACCACAGAAAUAGCUGAUACAAAAGAUAUCAAAAUUGGUGGAGCUGAAAUAAAUAUUCCUGAAGAAGUUAAUAUCGAAGCACUCAGUUUUGGUAUUGAAGGGCCAGCAAUCGAUAUAAAAACUGAAGGACCCAAACUUGAUGGAAAAGAAAGCAAAUUUAAAAUGCCAAAAUUUGGAAUUACAAUGCCAAAAGUGAAAGGCCCUGAAACUGAUUUAAAGUUGUCAAAGAAACAGGGAGAAGUCACAUUCCCAGAAGCUGAAGCCGAGGUUAGUCUCCCUGAAGCGCCGAAAAUUGCUGUGGAUAUCGAACGACUUAAAGUGGAAAAAGGCACUGAUGGGCAAGAAAACAGGCUUAACAUGCCAAAAUUUGGAGUUACAAUGCCAAGUGUAACAGGACCUGAAAUACACUUAGGUUUGUCAAAGAAAGAUGCAGAUGUCACAUUACAAGAAGCUGAAGGUGAAGUCCAACUUCCUGACUUUGAACGAAAAGACCGUUCUGCAAAAAUGAAAAUUAAAGCUGCAGACAUCAAUGCUGCAGAAAAGGACAAAGAGGGAUCACAAUCAAGAUUUAAAAUGCCAACAUUCAAACUCCCAAAAUUUGAAAGUGGAACUCAAAACAUCACUGCAGAUGUACCAGAUGUGGAAAAAGAUAUCAAAAUUAGUGGAGCUGACAUAAAAAUUCCUGAAGACAAACUUGAAGUUAACAUUGAAGCCCCCAGUUUUGAUAUUGAAGGACCAUCAAUUGAUAUAAAAACUGAAGGACCCAAACUUGAAGGAAAAGAAAGCAAAUUUAAAAUGCCAAAGUUUGGAAUUACAAUGCCAAAAGCGAAAGCACCUGAAAUUGAUUUUAGUUUGUCAAAGAAAGAUGUAGAUGUUACAUUACCAGAAGCUGAAUCUGAGGUCAGUCUUCCUGAAGCCCCCAAAAUUGCUGUGGAUAUCAAAGCACCCAAGUUGGAAACAGAAACUGAUGGAAAAGAAAGCAAAUUUAAAAUGCCAAAGUUUGGAAUUACAAUGCCAAAAGUGAAAGCACCUGAAAUUGAUUUUAGUUUGUCAAAGAAAGAUGUAGAUGUUACAUUACCAGAAGCUGAAGCUGAGGUCAGUCUUCCUGAAGCCCCCAAAAUUGCUGUGGAUAUCAAAGCACCCAAGGUGGAAACAGAAACUGAUGGAAAAGAAAGCAAAUUUAAAAUGCCAAAGUUUGGAAUUACAAUGCCAAAAGUGAAAGCACCUGAAAUUGAUUUUAGUUUGUCAAAGAAAGAUGUAGAUGUUACAUUACCAGAAGCUGAAGCUGAGGUCAUUCUUCCUGAAGCCCCCAAAAUUGCAGUGGAUAUCAAAGCACCCAAGUUGGAAACAGAAACGGAUGGGCAAGAAAGUAAAUUUAAAAUGCCAAAUUUGGAAUUACAAUGCCAAUGUAAAAGGACCCGAAAUUGAUUUUAGUUUGUCAAAGAAAGGUGCAGAUGUCACAUUACCAGAAGCUGAAGGUGAAGUCCAACUUCCUGAUGUUGAACUAAAAGACCAUUCUGCAAAAGUGGAAAUUAAA